GAUGCACCUUAACGCUCCCGAGCUUCUCCAUCUGGCUUUGUCCCAACACGGCGCGUGCGCACUGGCAGCUCCUGCGCACGUGCGUCGGGGCCAGCUGUGCUGCGCCUCCGCGUGCGCCCCUGUCACCUCCGGUUAGGAGGAGGGGGAGCUCCUCUGCUCCUGCAGACUCCUCCAGAAACCCUCCUUUCGUCUCCAGACUCUAACUUUAUAUUUUCUGACGCCUCCCUCGGAAUCAGCGCGCGCGUGUCUAGACUCCGCGCGCGCGGCAGCCGCAGCUCGAGAUAUUUUUCUCCCAGACUUAAUUGAGGCGUGGGCAGCUGCUUUUCUUUGCUCACAUUUUCUUAUUGUUGCUGCUGGAGGUUCAGAAUAUUCCAGAACACGCUCAGCCUCUGCAGCCGCGCGCGCGUGUUCAGGUGACACCUGUCCUUCCGGUGUUUGAGCUCCAAAUCCUAAAACAGAUUUUUGUCUUCAAUCUGAAGUGGAUUGUUCUUUGAAAAAGUCCUCGAGACGUUUGGGGUUUGAAGUGUGUCAUCUGAUUUAAGCUUUUAUUGUUUUUUAAAGUGAUUUUGACCAUGGAAGCCACUCCCCCGUGGCGAAUGGGCGUGGCCGGCACGUGCACUUCAGAUUCCAUCUUCCAAUCUGCGCUUUUUGAUGACAACAAUGGAGGCUCUGUGCGCGGCGGAGGCCCGUGCUAAUGCAUGGAAGGGUCCACAUCAAAAACAAAUCCUUUGAAAUUUCAUCUCAGACUGAAAGGCUGGAGGUGGGCGGGGUUACGGAGGUGGGCGGGGCGUUAUACUUGGCUGGAGGUUAAAGUCCAGGAAGAUCUUCUGACCGCGAGUUUCCCUAAAACUGGAUGGAUGGGAAGUUGUCUGCUGGUUCUGGAUGAGAACUUCAACUCCCAAGAAGCAUUGCGGCUUUGAAAGCAUCUUGGAGGGCUUGUUUGGGCCGAGAAUAGUCAAGGAUAUCACCUUAUUCCGAGACUGCGAGCCGGAGGAAGUGUCCGACUGGUCCUUCGAUGACAACUGUCUCUUCUGCUGCUUGAGACGCGAGAAAACCAAGGAGAACGGCGUGGAGAACGGCGCUCGCAGCCACGCGCUGUCGGACUGUGAGGACCUCAAACAGGAGCAGUCUCGGAUCAGCCGGCUGGAGAGACAGGCCCAAGACUUCCUCAAUGCUGUGUUCCACAGAAAAGACCUCCCAAGUUUCUCAGACCCUCACAUUCCUCUAGUGGCUCGGGAGAUCAUGCAGCGAAUGAUCCGCCAGUUUGCUGCCGAAUAUACCUCAAAAACUACUCAGGACGACCCGCCCCUGCCCAACGGCACCAUGAAGGACCAAAGCCUGCCGAGAGCGGUGUCUCUGGCCCCGGCGCCCAGCUCCCCGCCCGGGCCCACGCCGCGCUCCCCUCCAUCGUCCGCCUCCUCCUCGCCAUCCCCGACUCCGGGACCGGGCUUCAGCCCCGCCUCCGCCGCUGUCGCCUCCACGCCGUCCUGCACCCACAGCAGCAACGGCACGGGGGGAGCCAGCAACGGAGGGGGAGGAGGAGGUGCCGCCGCUGCCUCCGCACAGAACCCCGUCCUCAGCAAGCUCCUCAUGGCCGACCAGGACGGCCCGCUGGACCUCACCGUCAAAAAGAUCCCGGCGGAUCCGGAGCCCAGCCAGCAGGAUGGCGUCCUGGACCUCUCCACCAAGAAGAACCACAGUGGGGGGAGCCCUGUCACCUUACCCGGCUACAGCCCCGCGCCCCCGCUCAAAGGGUGUUCGCUCAAAGCAGAGCAAACUCUGUCCGAGGUGGUGGAUGAAGACAGUCUGAUGCAAAGGACUCUGCAGGACGGACUCCGGGAGGGCUUCGCCAACUCGAACUCCUUCAAGCCGCCGCUGGCGCGCUCUCUGCGCAUUAAGGAGGAGCUCAUCAGUCAGAAGCAUCGCCUCUUGAGCCAGCCCACGCCGCUGUCAUUGGCUAGCUUAGAGUCCGCUGGCCUGCUUAACCACGGGCAGUCCCACUCGCUGCUGAGCCAGAAGAGCUCCGCCUCUUUCUGGGGUAACAAGGCCCAGCUGGAAAGCCUGAUGAAGCUAAAGCAGGCCAGCGGCGCUCUAAGCGACCUCAAAGACCUGCCUCCUUUCCUGGAGAAUCACCACCACAACCACCACGGAGCCUUCUCCUUUAAGGGUACCCUUCACCAUCAAAGUCACAAUCAAGUCUCAAAGACCCAACACCACAGUGAGGGCAAGAGGGAGCAGGGCCACUCCCCCCCCGUGGAUUUGAAGAUCCCCCAGGUCCGAGGAAUGGAUCUUUCCUGGGACUCCCAUUCCUCUGACCUGUACGGGUACGGCGCCAUGGGAGUGGGGGGCGGAGCCCACGGCGAUAGCACCCUAAGCCGGAAGUUGAGAGCCAUCCUGCCAAAGCAGAACCGCCGUGGAGGAAGUCUGGGAAGCCUGCUGGACGGGUCGGGCGACUACUGGAGCUCCGAUUUGGACCACUCUAGCUCCGGACCGGCCUACUCGAUCUCUGACGUGGAAGGGGACCCGAGCUCCAAGCAGCCAAGGAAAAAGCGGGGCCGGUACCGGCAGUACAACAGCGAGAUUUUGGAGGAAGCCAUAGCGGUGGUGAUGAGCGGGAAGAUGAGCGUGUCCAAGGCGCAGAACAUGUACGGGAUCCCCCACAGCACCCUGGAGUACAAGGUCAAGGAGCGCAUGGGAACCCUGAAGAACCCCCCAAAGAAGAAGCUCAAGCUCAUGAUGAAGAUGGAGGCGGGAAGCCAGGAGUUUCCCGCCGAGUCCGAGAACACGCCCACCACCACCCCGAGAGAAGACGGGCUGCCGCUGGCCGCCGCCGAGCUGAAGGACGACGCUCCGGAGGAGACGGACGACAGUUUCAAACCAAUCGACUAAACCAUUCACACGUGUCAACCUCAGUCACAUGACCUACACGGAUGGGGCUUUCUUUGUGCCAUUUUCCUUUGCAGUAUCUGGGUGAGCACAAAUGCAGGGAUAAUAAUGAGAAGGAUCUGGAGAGAAACAACCAAUCGGAGCGUUUUUAUGCAGCGUCACUGGAGGGACGCUGGGCAGGCGUUUGUUUAGCUUUUAUAACCAGGAGCCCGACAAAUGCAACUGAAGACAUUCAUUCAAUGACAAUGAAUUAAAUUUCCUUAAGCAUGCUGAUAAUCCCCGACCCAACCCCCCACCCCGCCUCCCCUCUUUUCCGAACUUGAACCUCUGAUCCGCCGCUGCUUCUAAACGCAGUUCGAUUUGUGGUCGAAGAACUGAGGGGGGAGGCAUAAAAAAAAGAAAAGAAAAACUGAAGAAUCGGUCCCUUUACCCCCCACCCUCAUGGAACACUAGCUGAAAGUUGUUAAGUGAACUGUCUUUUGCAUUGGAAGCUAACGAAACGGUGAAAUCAUACCAUUGAAAUUCCUCUGGAGGGUUCGGAGUCCGACCCAUUCUCUCUUAUUGCCAGGUAGCCAUGAUGCUUUAACUGCAAACCUUUUGUUUCCUCCUUAAAAAUAUUCUGCUAAUCUCUGUGUGGACGAAAGCAAGAUGACGCCGUCCGUUUCCGAGCGAGAGAAGACACACAAAAGUCAUUCAGGGAUGCAUGUUUGUGAGUUUUGUGGACACUACUGACUUCUAGAAUCGACUUCUUUUCCUCUAUCUUUUCGUUUGAUUUGUUUUGCUUUCUUUUGCACUACACUUUGGGUCUGGCGCUUACAGACCAGGUUACCUCGGCAUUGUUGCCCAUGCAUCAUGCACUUAUUAUGGUCUGUCUCUGAAGCCCAACCUUGCAACAGGUCAUAGGUGCAUGUCGCCUGCGUUGGCUGAUUCAUACUCAGAUCCAGAGCGUUCUGAAUUCACCCUCUUCUUUUCGUUUGCCAAGGGACAACUUGAAGGGUUCUCUGAUUAUGGAUCAGCUGUUUUUUAAGGCGGGAUGCUACCUCAUGGACCUCCAUCAGUCUGUCACUGCUGAUCCCGGAAAGGCGGAGCCACCUGCAGGUUGGUGACCAAAGUGAGCUCAACCCCCUGGUGGAGAUAUUUAUUGGAAGACGGCCUUUUCGGAUCAGAAUGUGCGACUGUGCUGCUAUCCAGCUUAUUAUCUAGCUCUUAAAAGGCUAUGGCUAGCCCAGGCUGAAGGAUUUUAGCUUGUCUUAGCUAAACACAACAUAUUGCUGAUGUUUUAGGUUUGUUUUUCUGUUCUUAAGCUAAGCAGAAGCAGCUUAAUUUAUGAAUUUUAGAAGAAAUUCCUCUCCCUCAAACGGUUUUAAGGCAGUUAUGUAUGAAACGAUGUGCAUUUAUUUUGAUGGGGUGUGAACAAUAUGCAGUGGGGAGGAUUAGUUAGUUGGGAGAGGCAGAUUUUAAUAUAUUUCAAGUUCUUAUGACUGAUGAUGUAAAAGCCAAUCCAUCAUUCUGGGUGUUUCUGUUCUCUCCUCAUUUAAACUCAGGGUAACUGAGACCGAUGAUGAUGAUGUGGGUUACAAAUGUGAUGAUGAUUUCUUGUUGGACCUAAUAUAGGCAGGGAGGAGGACAGGCCACGCCUCCCGCUCCUGCUCUGUCUGUGGCGCAGACCACGUGACCGUCCACAGACCAAUCUAGAACAGAAACCGCCGGCGUUGGGUAAACGAAAUGAACUCUGAUAGCACUUUUCUACCUAAACGUUGAGAGAAAUCAAGCGAGAAAAACGGUUAUGCAUGUAGUGUAGCUCUUCUCAGAGGCAGAUGGAGCAAAGGGCCACGUGGAGGGCACGGAUUCAAAAAGCUUUAGUGUGUGAAACCCUUCAGACCCAAACACCUUUUUUCCUCCACCUGAUUACCUCUGCGCUAAAAGAAAACGCUGUGCGGGCUCGGCCCCCCCCCUCGCCUCCCGAUGUGGCUCCUAACACUGCCUGGUGCUCACCCAGUCUGUGAGACGUUCACCUGGAGGACUGGAACACUCAGACGGGAUGCUGACUCACUCCUUCUCAAAUGUAUUGUACAUUUUAUUUAUUUGGUUUUGUUGAAAAUGGCAUGCACCACUUUUUGGCUGGCUGGAACUCUAAAAACACAAAGACCCCUGUUGCAUACAAUCCCGCUCCUCCUUCGUGGUUUUCCAGCUCCAAAUGUUUGCCACACGGAGGCCCUCGGAGCAGCAGUGUUGUCCGGGCUCUUUGUGCAUGAAAUGCGUCCAACACUUUAGCGAUGCGAAGCAUUGAGAGUGUCUAAUUUGUUGCUGUUGGACCCGCGGUCGGGCGCGCGCUGAUCCGAUAGUUCAAACAGGAUCAGAACCUGGCGGCGCUUCUUCUGAACGAAACAAAAGCGGCUGAAAAUCCUUCAUGGAAUGCAUGUAAAGCAUAAAAACUGUAUUAAAACAAUGUAAUUGGCAUUUAAUGCACAGGUUUGCGUGGAUAAACUCCACAAGAGCACUUAGACGGAAUUCCCCUAAGAGGGGUGAUUCUAUUAAGCCAAACAGUAUGUGAGAAGAACUUACACUAAUCUCUGAAUCAUCUGUAGACCUUCUCUCUCGGUUCUUACCGUGACCCCUAAUGGACGUUUGGGCUCCUAAUCUAUUUUGGUCAAACUUCUUAAAAGGAAGGAAGAUUGUCUAAAGUCCCCUCUCAGCCUGAUCGGAUCUACUGAGGUGCAUGCCAUUUAAGAUGGAGAUUAUAUAUCUAUUUAUUUGCUCUUAUUUCUGUUGGGUUUUUCGUGGUUACCGGGUCCACCUGUCCAGAACCGGCUCCUGUCAGGUGCCGCGGUUCAGCAGACUGUUGUUUUACAAGCUCACCUCAUCAAAAACGGGUUUCCUGGUGCAGGCUUCCUGCAGUAGCCUUCCAGACCGUCUCAGGACUGAGCCAAAGGGUUGGGCGGCAGUAUCGGUCAGUCAGACGGUGCCACCGACCGAACUACCUAAACUCUACAACCUUAACCACAGGCGGGAAGCAGGUUCAAAGGGGCAGGAAGAGCGGGAGUCGGAUGGGAAGUCAUCCAUCUGACCAAGACCUUUGGGCAUGGAGCUCAUCACGGAACAGGACCGAAGAGUUUCCUAAAAAAGUUUACUCAAAGUUUAGGUCCUGACAGAAAGUUUUCAUUUUUGUAUUCUUCAACCAUUUAUGAAAUUAACGUGAUUCCAGCGAAUUCUGAUACGGAGAAAAACGGCUUUGCUCCGGGAGACAACAUCAGUGGAGAUCCGAUAUGAAAAGUUGCGGUCAAAGAGUUAUGGUUCAUCACAGAGCGUGUUAUAGAAAGGAGUAUCUGGAAAAUCAAUUCGGCGAUAUAUCGCAAUAUUUCAUUUGGCAAUAAUUGUAUCGAUUUGAAAUGCUAAUGUGGCGAUUUUUAAUUGAUUAUUUCCUUACUUUUGCUUUCCAGCAAAACCCGACUUUUGGCAGCACUCUAAGCCUUUUUAUCAAUUUAUUGACUAUUUCAAUUGUCAUUGACUAUUUUAAUAGACGAUUAGUCGACUAUUGAAAUAGUUGACUAAUCGUCUAUUAUGAUCGACUAUUAAAGUAGUUGAGGAUAAAUUUUAGUUUAGUUAAGUAUUUUAAUUCACUAUAAAAAUUGUUGACUAAUUGUCUAUUUUAAUCGUCAAUUAGUCGUGGAUUAAUUGACUAUCAUAAUAGUCUACGACUAAUUUAAGUCAUUUAGUUGGCGACUAUUAUAAUUGUCUAUUUUAAUCGUCGAUUCGUCAUUAAUUAUUAAAUUAGUUGUCAACUAUUAUAAUAGUCGAUUAGUCGACUAAUCGUGGCAGCUCUAGUGCAGACUGUCGUCUAAAUGAAGUUUAUUAAAAAAAAUUACCAAAAGAAAAGUAUGAGGGUAAAAGGAACUUUUAAAUCAGACCGUUGCAGUGUUUAGUGUUGGGAUCAUCAAAAAAAAUCAAUUUUAGCAUUUAUUACAAUGAUUUAAUAGUGUUACUCUUUAAAAGAAAAAUAGGAAAAAAUUGUUCUGGUUCAUCCGUUGGAUCUAUAUCGCGAUACAUAUCGUAUCGGGAGUUGGGUAUUGCAGUAUGUAUCGUAUCGCGAUACACACCUCUAGUUAUAUUCGUCAGCGGUGACAUCGCCGGCGUUGAAAGGUCGCUUCAACUUCCCCCGUUUUUCCCAUCGUGAAGCUACAGCUGCUAAAUCCCUCCGAAUGUUUGACGUGACGUAAAGCCACCACACGGCGCCCUCCAAAGGUCAAACUUCCCGGCCCUCCUCUGAACCUGCGCCCCGCCUGUCAGUGCAGAAGCUGAAGUUAUACCUCAUCCUCAGAACUCCUUCUCCUCUCCGUGCCUCAGACUCUCCCGUAUCUCUUACCGGCUGCUGGCGGAGCGACAGCCGAUACUCUGGGAAAUGCUCGCUCCUCCACUGUUUCCACCUGUCUUUGUUUGGUGGCGUUUUCCUCUCACGCAGGGAGGAGGGCGACGCCUCACACGUCUGACUGACCAAUACCUACAACCCUGACACUUUUCAGGUUUCUUUCUUUUUUUUUUAUAGCAACCAAACCUCGUCGACGCGCUCGACCUGCAGCUGUCAGAAUUCUUCGGGUCUGCAGUAGAAAGUCAGAAUCUCUGGGUGUCGUUCGCUCUCCCCCGGAGGCGAUCAGACCGUUUGGGUCCCGCCCGGUUCUGAGAACUGAUGAAACGUAACGCCGGGGUGAAACUUGACAGGAGUCGGGGGGGUUGAGGAAGAAGCCGAGGCUUCGGGGGGGGCAGGUGGACACCUUAACCUCCUUCGUCAUUUAUCUUUCAAAAAGACAUUUACACUGGAUUCCACCACAAACUAAAGAGAACGGCGUUCUAGAGAAACGCCCGAUUUGUGUGUAUUUAUUUGACUGUUUUGCAUCUUCAGGUAACCACCCCCUCCCUUUGUCUUUUUGUUCUGGUUUGACUUUUAUUUUUCUUCUGAGUGGAAACAUAAAAAAAGCGACAUGAACUGCUGUAACCUCACUAAGGAAGCGCGUUGAGGGAACGGUGCACGGCGUGUUGGACUCGUUCGGCGUUCCGUCCGGCUGCAUCACUGGUUGUCGUUUAUACCUCAGGUCCGACCAUUAACAAGCAGCUGAUUGUAUCAUAGAAACACAAAAGGAGAAUCAGGACUUUUAGUACCGCUCGUGUCUCAGGUUUUUGACCAACACAAGCGACUCUUUUCUGGACGUUCCUCUUGUUUUCCUGCAUCAGAGCAGAUCCAGGUUUCUGGUGGCUGCAUUCUCCGGAGCACACUCAGCCACGGGAACACCUAGAGCAACACGCGCUCGCCCUCCUCGCCACGGCGUUCUGUGGGCGGAUUACAUGUAUAAUUAUGAAGCUGGAGUCUGCCGUGUCUCUUUUAGAAGCAGGUGGGCGGGUUUUGUCCACAACCUGCAGAACACCAGGCCGGCGGCGGACUGCGAUCCUGCAGGCACUGCCUCUGUAAAAAGCACUUCUCUGUCAGUGACUUUCCCCUCAGACGCCGUCGUUCUGGACGCUGAAAGCUCGCCGCGUUUCCUUUUUGCUGCAUCCGUCUGACUUGGCUGUGAGGGAAAAAAAGCACAAACUUGAUGGAGAUCUUAUAGGAACCGGAUGUUUUUUGCUCUUUUUAUUCUCAGUUCUUUUAUUUGAAACAAACCUUUGAUUUUAUUUUGAAAACCGAUUUGGUCUCAAAGUUUCUCUGAACAUUUUCUCCUAAAACCAUGAAUUGAGAUUAGAUUUUCACAGAUCAGAGCGGAUCGGUUCGGCGGCGCGGCGCCUCUUACAGAUGUCAGAUAUUUGAGCACAGAUCUAAUUGGCCGACCCCCCCCCCCCGAAAAGGGAUUAUUUUUAGCUCCAGGUAAAGUGAAACACAAAGAUCUGUUUUUCAGCGUCUGCAGGCGGGCUCGACUGGCGAUGGCCUCGGCCGCCGCCGCAGAUUUGAGCAUCCUCCUCCGGCGCUCCGAGCAGGUGGAUGAGAUGAAUAAAGGUCGCCGUCCCCCACCCCCACGCCUCUAUUAACCAUCAGGCUUUUAACGAAACAACCGUGAAGAAAGCCGCCGCCGCCGAGGCUUUGGCUCUAAAUCUAUAGGUUUAAAAAAAAAAAAGAAAUUCUGGAGCUAUAUGAAGGCGAUGUAUAGCUGCCGUGUGCGUUGCCAUGGCGAUGUUGCAGGAUUGUUCCUAUGUGGAGGUGUGUCUGGCCCUUUAGAGCCACUUAGGUGGACCAGCUGUUCUGAACCGCCUGCAGCUCUGCUCGCAGAAACGGGAACUCUCAGGCGUUCUUCAUCUUCCCCCCGAAACCUUUGGAGAAGUCACAACCCCCCCUCGCCACCGGUGUGGGGGGGUCGCUGUGGUAACCUUUUCACAGAGGCUUUGCCGUGCAUUUCUUCUUAGAUUUUUCAGGUUCAGACCUGCUUCCUGUCGUUCUCCCUCCAUCAUGGCGAUGACCCCCCCCCCUUCACUUUCGGUUCAUGUGUAGCAAAUGCAUGGAAGUGUGGACGACACGCUGUGGCGUUCUGGGAUUGUGGCGUUUGAGCGCCGGUGUUGUGUUAAGAUACGUUCCCCACCAGAAUGUGUUUCCUGGUCUCGAUCUGCUUUGUAACAAAAAGGUGAUUACCAGGGCUGAGUAUCGAUUAUGAUUUACAGGAACAUUUUAUUAUCAGAGUUCAAUUAUCUUUAAGGGCAAAAAUAUUGAUCAUAUUUUGUCUUUUACGUAAAUGGAACAAAGGAACCUUUUUGGUGCUAACGUUUCUGAAUCUAAUUCUUAAAGGAAAAUUCUUAAAUGUCCUCUUUACACAAGUUUAUUUGAUUGAAUCUUCAUUUUCCGUAAAAAGUUUUAACUUUGUGGUGAAAAAUUUCCUUUUACACAUCAAAGUAGAGGCUAAAAACCAGACGCUAGCUUUAGCUACGUCCGACUUUUAAGAUCUGAUGGAUAAAAAAAGCAAAAAAAA